AUGACGGACGCGACUGAGCAAGCAGCUGCAGUUCUUUUGCACGACGCACUACCACAGCACGCGCUUCCCGUGAUCGAUAUCAGCCCAUUCAUCACAAAUCCUGAAGCAGAUGGAGAGGCGGCGAAGAAGAAGGUGGCCCGCGCGGUGCACGACGCGUGCGUGGAGGCGGGCUUCUUCUUGAUCAGCAACUAUCAGGGCGUGCUGCCCCAGGACAAGGUCGAUGGUCUGUUACAGCUCAUGCGCCGCUUCUUCUCCCUCUCCCCCGCCUACAAGCGCCAGCUCAAGGGCACCUACGGCCGAGGUUAUUUUGCGUACGGCGAGGAGAACCUGAGCACGAUCUACCCCGAGCACAACGUCAACUUCGAAGACAAGGACCUGGGCGACUACAAGGAGGGCCUCGAUAUCGGUCCCGAAGUGCCGACAACUGACCCGCACUACGGCGAACUCUUCCACACGCCCAACCAGUGGCCCGACCCCGCCUCGGUGGGAGAAGAGUGGAAGGCGCAGGUGCUCGAGUACUUUGAGCUGGCGUCUCGGUUGGGUCACGUACUGAACAGGAUCUUCGCCCUCAGCCUGGGCUUGCCCGAGAACUGGUUCGAGGACAGGAUCUGCCCGCCUCUGACAAGGAUGGGAUGCGGCGCCCAUUCCGACUACGGCUGCUGUGCUAUUCUUGCUCAAGAUGACGCGGGCGGUCUUGAGCUUUACGACAGGAAGGGCCAGUGGGUGGCCGUGAAGCCCGUACCCCAGACGUUGGUCAUCAAUAUUGGCGACAUGAUGCAGCGGUGGACGAACGAUCGUUACAAGUCGACCCUCCACCGGGUCAUCAACCCUUCCACAGGCAAGCACAGGUUUUCGAGUCCGUUCUUCUUUGAGCCGGGCGUGGAUUGCAUGGUCGAGUGCGUGCCGACAUGCCUGGCCGAGGGCGAGUCGCCUCGCUAUCCGCCCACCCGGUUCGGCGACCACCUGCUCAACAUGUACAACUCCACCUUCUACGUUAACCCCACCGACCAGUCGGGCCACGACGGCGAUCCGGGCGCCUCCACCGUUCUCCCCUGA